AAAGUUUUUUAUUUAAUCAACAAAAAACGGAUGUUCCAUUAGAGCAUAUUGCUGGGCUGUACAUAGAAGCUGCGUUCGCAAACACAACACCGAAGUAGAUUAACUGCAUGCCUGUAAUUUUAAAUAUACACCCUUGCUUAUAUAUAUGUGUAUAUAUAUAUGUGUGUUUCCGCAUACAUACAUAUUUAUUUUUGUACCGACGAAGGACUCACUAGAAUUCAAAGUAGAAUAGAUACACUGUUGUUACUGGCCUAAGUAAGUUUUUCCGCAGGUAAUGUAAAUACAUAACACGUUAUACCAAAAUCGUCUAAGGUUGCCUAGCAGAAUUCUAUGUAGAAAUAUUCUUCUAUUCUGCUUCAAUUAUGUACAACAUACCUGAGUAAAUGUGUAUGUAUCUACUGGAAUAGAGCGUAUUAUCAGUAUUAUUGGAAGGAUUUUACAUGUUAUGUAUCUGAAUGCAGCAGGAUAGUCCGAGACUGCGGAGAGCAAUCGUCACUUUAAAGAGCAAGGAACAAAUAUACAAGGAUCAUUCAAGUCAGAACAACCGCUGAGUUUGUACACAGAAAAUUGCUAUAUAAAAAACAGUAACACUUAAGUUUAAAGUUUUUAGUAUUUUUUAAUACAUACACACUUAUAAAAUAUAAAAAUGGAUCGCGAGAAAAUGAACAAUCAACCUCCCAACGUUCCUGAAAGUCGGAAUCCAUCAAAUGAUAUACAGAACCGCGAGGAACGCCCAAUGAUGCUAAACACCUGGACUCAAACAACUAGUACGGAUUUGGGUGUAAAUGAAAAUGUUUCACUAAAUAGCAACUUAGAAGAUUCAAGGGAAAGACAAUUGCUACAAAGAAUUCGGGAACUUCAUGAAAAAGUGCGCGAACAAAAUAGAACGAUAGUUGCACAGGCGGACAUAUUAUCUAGGCAAAAUCAAAUUAUAGACAGCAGAAAUUCGGGACAUCAACAGGUAUCAGCAAUAAUUGUAAACCCACAAUCGUUGCAGCGUCCUCGUCGCCUUGUGUCAUUAACCCCUACGGUUAUGCAGACCUUUAAUGAACCGUCGAGUUCUACUCAAGAAAGUCGACAAAACAUUACACCUUUUAGUAUUCAAGAUCAAACACCUAGAUCUGCGAGAAAUUUAAAUUCACAUCCAAUGAGUUACACUAUAAUUGCUGAUGGUGCCUACGGUCAAGAACCGAUAGAAAUACAAAUUUCUGAAGAAACUAAUGAAAUGAAUUUAAACUGCUCAGCUGAUUCUGAAAGGUUAGAGAUUUGUUUGUCUGAGCCUAAGCAAAAUGAAACAAGAGAAAGCAAUAUAAAUUGUGAACCAAGAGAUCAGGUAAAACAAAUCGAUCAACCAAGUGAAAUUCUAGAAACUCCUUCAUCAACUUCAAGGCCAUUUGAAGCUUACAACCAACCACAAUGCAUGCCAACACAAGGUCUUUCGCCUGAAGAACUACAACCAUCUACUUCAAAACACUGCAGACCAAUUUCAAGGACUUCAACAACUCGCAGUCUUUCACCUGAAGAAUUACAGCCAUCUACUUCGAAACACUGCAGAGCAUUGCUACCAAAAAACGCAAAGGAUCUGAAUAAGAUAGGUAAAAUAAAAAAGGAACCAAAAAGCCCGAAAAACAUGAUUGCCAAAAUAGAGCCAAUAAGACGAGAAUAUACAAUUAUGGGACCAAAUAGAACUCUUAUUGAAGUCAGUGUUUUCGAUCAAAUAACUUGGGAUAAUCCAUCAGCGGCCACACGAAGACUUAUGUCUGCCCUCUUCAGUCGUGAGAUUUUAGCUUCUCACUCGUUGACCGGUAGACCCUCUCCAGCAUUUAAGGAUAAACCUGUUAAACGUAAGUUAGAUGAAAAGAAAAUAGAAGAUAUCAUACACAUUGUUUCACGCAAAUGUGGAGUUACCGAAAAAGAAGUGCGAAGUGUAAUUACCACAAAAUGCGCUGAUGAAAAUAAAAUGUGGAGAUUAAGUGAAAGUAAAAGAAAAUCAGAAGAAGAAAAAAAUAAGGAAAACGACGACAUCUAAAAUGUAUAUAUGUUUUUUUUGUUUCCGUCAAAAAUAAUAAUAAGUUUAUUUGUUCCGUCUCUAUGUAUUACGUUAAGUAUCUGAAAAUAUUGCGGCUGUGAAUUAUGCAAAUUUUAAAUGACACCGUUUUACAUUUAUUAUUAGAUUUAUUUUCAAUCUGUGUCAUAAGUAAUUAUUCAGUCUUAAGUUUUGUAAGUGUUAAUUGAACUUACAUACAUAUACAUAUGUAACAUUGUUAUAUCUCAAUGGUCCUAAUGGCCUAGGCGUGCUGGUGGGGAACAGCAGCCGCAUCAACUCAUCAUUGUGUAAUUAGUAUUCAAUAACAAUUGAUAUAUUGUAUUUGUUCACUGGAUUAUAUAAGCUAAUAUGAUUCCCUAAAUAUUGCAUAUUAUAGAAGCAUGACAUACAAAAUAAAAUGCAGAGAAACACCUA